UUUCUGUUAAUAAUAAAAUUAAAUAUGCCAUUGGAUUAGAGAUAGCCAUUCUUUAGUCCUUGUCAUCAAGGCAUGCCAGGUUUUAGAGUAUCCUCAGCAGGAUUUGUGGUGACCAAAUAGGAGCUGGAGAUCCCUGAGUAGUAUUUCAAGACCAUUUGUAUGGAACUGAUGACUUAUUGAUGCAGAUUUCCGAUUUCAGCUUUGUUACAACCAUUACGGCAAUUUCCAAUACAAAAUUUAUACAUAAUUGUAACAAACUUAGCAAGAAUGAUGAUUCAGGUCGUUUUUGGGACCCAAAAGAAGUAUUAGUCCUACACUAUGACAAAAAACAUGCCAGAGUUAUCAAAAGAGCAUGGAACAGUGAUCAGAUAAGACUUGAGCUUUUAUACUAAAUAUCACAAAUAUCAGUGCAAAUCUGAAUAAACUUACGAAAGUCUGCUAAAUUUCAAGCUGGGCAGGACCAGGACAGCCACCAUGGAAUUUCCUGUUCCUAAAAGCUUUAAAUCUCACUAUAUACCUUGAAAUUGUAUGUAAAAUAAUUGUUGAUGACCUUUGAACCAAAAAGUGUGCAGCCUGACAGGUAUCGGAAGGAAUCCUAAUGGAGCCUCAUAGGUUAACCACUUCGGGUCACUUUCCAAGCCUCAGAGUGAGGUUACAGCCAAGAUUUGAUCGAGAAUCUCAUUACUUCAAGAAUUGGGAAAAAGUCAAAGAAGUGAGAAAUAACUUGUUUUGUAAUUUUCACCUUUUACUAGGAAAAUAGGAAAUUUCUAACACGCUUUUUGAUAGAAAAAAAUAAGGGAAUCGUGUGUAGAAGCUCCCAGAGGAUCAAUAGCGAGAUUAUGGAGCUGGAUAAGGGUGUAAAAGGCCUAGUUAAGCGAUCAAAUGCAUGAUUUAAAUUGGGUUCUAAUGAAACAAUCCUCGAAUUUGAGAGUUCAAGUCAAUUUCAUUAGGCUGUUCAAAGAUAGAUCAGAAAGGCUAGAAAAGAUGGAAAGUUGAAGAAUAGCCUGAGGUCUUUCCUGAAUCACCCAAAUACCCUUUGAAGUUCAGAACAGUUCACUA